AUGUCCUUCAUUGUUUGCAAAUGUCUUUCCGAGAACGAUGCCAUGCACAAUGCGGCGUUUGUAAACUCUGCAGAUUCAAAGGCAAACACAAAUUGUGUGUUGAUCGAAAAUUGCUAUUACCUGUCAUACAAGAUUGACGACAAUGUCCCUAAAGGGCAGAUCGGGCUCUCCGUUUUUCACAGGGAAUGGGCCAAUGUCUCGCUCAAUCAAAUCGUCAAGGCCAAAUUCAUGGAUCUGGAAGCUAGCCUUGGAUCUUGCGUGUACAUUUCAAAAAUCAUCUUGGAGCUCAAAUUUUGGAAAAAGUCCGCCUCCAAUGACAUUCCAUUUUCCACCGACGACAUAUCGACGUGUUUUGUCUCAACCUUCCCCUUUAAAAUCAUAUCUACAUCGCAGCCAAUGAUAUUUGAUUUUCAAGGAAAAUUGCUCGUUGCCACUGCAAGCAGCAUUGAAACCAGCUCUCUUAAAAACAUAACCGGAUUGGAUCGUAAAGCCGAUUCUUCCUUUUCCACGGCUCAAAUUGGUAUAUUACUUCCGCAAUCCUCUGUAUUUUUUGUCAAAAGCCCGCAGUCUCAAAUCAAACUGACAGGCUCGUCCUCCUCCACCAUUGCUUCAAACAGAACGCUUCUCAAGCCAAACUUCAAGUUUGAGGAUUUGGGAAUCGGUGGGCUGGAUGAAGAAUUUACCAUCUUUUUUCGACGCGCAUUUGCCUCGCGAAUCUUUCCUCAAAUGAUAAUUGAAAAACUAGGCAUCAAGCAUGUGAAGGGCAUUUUGUUGUUUGGACCUCCUGGGACAGGAAAGACUUUGAUUGCCCGCCAAAUAGGAAUUAUGUUGCAAGCCCGUGAACCGAAGAUUGUAAAUGGCCCUGAAAUUCUGAACAAAUAUGUGGGUCAAUCGGAGGAGAACGUUAGGAACCUGUUUAAAGAUGCCGAAGUCGAAUACAAAGCAAAGGGAGACGACUCUCUACUGCAUAUUAUCAUAUUUGACGAGUUGGAUGCCAUAUGUAAGCAAAGAGGCUCCAAGGCAGACAACACUGGCGUUGGUGAUUCCGUUGUCAAUCAGCUGUUAUCCAAGUUGGAUGGUGUUGAGGAAUUGAAUAACAUUUUUGUUAUCGGCAUGACAAACCGCCUCGAUUUGAUAGACGAGGCACUUAUCCGGCCUGGAAGAUUGGAAAUUCAAUUAGAAAUAGGUCUUCCCGAUGAGGAGGGUCGAUUGCAAAUCCUGAACAUCCACACAGAAAAGAUGAGGGCAAAUAAUUUUCUCAAUGCCGAUGUGAAUUUGGCCGAAAUAGCCAAAUUGACACCCAAUUUCACAGGUGCUGAGAUAACGGGACUGUUGAAAAGUGCAUCUUCAUUUGCCUUUUCUCGAUAUUUCCAGCUAAACUCAUCACCCUCCAUUUCGCUAGCCGAGGCAGAAAAGAUCAAAGUUACCAGCGAAGAUUUCAUGAAUGCCCUGGAAGAGGUGCAUGCAUCUUAUGGCUGUUCGUCGGAUCAGCUGGAAAUAUUUCUUUCAAACGGCUUUUGUAUAUAUUCCGAUGUCGUUAAAGAUGCGCUUAAUACGAUGUCGACGGUUAUCAAGCAACUUAGAGAGGAUCCAAAUACAAACAUGCUCAGCGUGCUUUUCCAUGGCGACGCGGGAACCGGAAAAUCGGCAUUGGCCGCAUAUUUGGCGUUGCAAAGCGAAUUUCCUUUCGUUAAGGUUGUCCAGGCCUCUUCGUUUAUUGGGCUCAAUGAGCUGCAGAAAGCGGUUGUUCUUGGAAAAGUGUUUGAUGAUGCCACCAAGUCUCCGCUGAGCUUAAUUCUGCUGAAUGAUAUUGAAAACAUUCUAGAUUUUGCCUCCGUUGGUCCCAGGUUUUCCAAUAACGUUUUACAGGCUCUUAUUUCGUUGCUGGUAAAGCCGCCAGGCAAGUGCAAAAAACUGCUUGUCUUUGGAACUACCAAGCGGCUUGAUUUUCUGCAGGACGUCGAAAUAGGACAUCAGGUGUUUUCGGUCCUGAUUCCGGUGGCUCCUCUCCGUGACGCUGCCUCCAUUUUCAAUGUAAUCAAGGUAAGCCAUGCACGUCUGUCUAACGCUUCGCAGUCGGCCGAUGUAUUUACCGCACCACAGCUGGAUAGCCUGGAUGGGUUUUUACACUCCAAGCCAAUGAUUAUUGGAAUUAAGAACUUGUAUCAUUUGGUACGAAGAGCAAAUGUCAUCGAUGAACAUGCAAAGGUGCAGGAAUUUAUUCGGUCGCUAGAGCCGUUUGUGUUUGAUUUUCCAAAGUAA